UACCUUAAGUAGAUGGAUUCUCAAUUUUAAGUCAAAGAACGUCUUUUACUCUGUUUCCCAAAUAAGUCAAUAGCCAUGUUCUGCCAUAAAAGGAAGUUACCCUAAAGCAGCAUGCUAUGAAAAACUGUCAUCGUUGGACCAGACAGACGUUUCUCAUUGUCUGAAUCAUAUAAAACUUACGAAAGAGUGUACUUUUCACACACACACAGAGGUUUUGUGAUGGAGGGAUCUGCAAUGGUACGUGGGAAGGUGUUGCUUUCGAUACUAGUCAUGGUGGGUUUCGCUUGUGACGUUUUGGUGGAGAAGAGUCACGCAAUCUGGGUGAACCUACCGGCCGCCGGAACCAAGUGCGUGUACGAGGAAAUCCACCAAAACGUCGUUGUUUUGGCUGAUUACCUUGUCAUUUCCGACUUUGAAUCCAAUCUCACUGCUAUUUCCGUCAAGGUGACCUCACCGUUUGGAAAUGUUCUUCAUCACAAGGAGAAUGUGACACAUGGUCAGUUUGCAUUCACAACCAGCGAGGCUGGUCACCACAUAGCAUGUUUAUCGGUGGACAGCAAUCCCGGAGGUGGAGAAGUGAGUGUUCUCAUCGACUGGAGAACUGGAAUUGCUGCAAAAGAUUGGGAAUCGGUCGCGAAAAAAGAGAAGAUUCAGGGAGUGGAGCUUGAGCUCAAGAAGCUUGAAGGAUAUGUUGAAGCCAUCCGCAACCACGUGUUUUAUAUUAAGGAAAGGGAAGCGGAAAUGAGAACAGUGAGUGAAAGAACAAAUGCAAGAGUGGCCCAUUUCAGUAUCAUGUCAUUGGGAGUCUGCAUUGCAGCUUCAAGUGUCCAGUUGUGGCUUCUGAAGCGAUUUUUCCGAAACAAGAAGCUGAUCUAGGGUUUGCAGUUUCAAUGAAGUAUGAGGAAUACUUGAUGCUGUGGCUGUGGGGCAUAAUUAGCACCUGUACAUCUUAAAUAAGUUCUAGCAUGCAUCUCGGACUAUUUUCAAGGAUUGAUGCAAUGAGGAUAAAUACUUGUUGAAUUUGCAGAGCUAUGCUACCACCUACUAAUUUAUUUACACCGCUAUUAUCCCAA